GGACGCGCGUAACAUAGGAGUGGUACGUAUGGGUCGGGCGGCGGUGACUGUGAGCCAAAUAGCGGUGGACUACAAGUGGUCGGUGUCUGGUCUGAAGGACACGUCCGCAGACGCAGUGGAGCGCUGGUCAGCCGUCCACCAGAGGUCGGCCGACCGGCUGUUGGAGUUGUGCUGUACUAACGGCGGGGUAUUCAUCAAAGUAGGCCAACAUAUCGCUGCUCUUGAAUACCUCGUCCCUCACGAGUACGUCAACACACUUAAGGUCCUCCACAGCAGAGCCCCCCGUUCUUCACUCCAUGACAUCAAACGAGUGAUCGCGGAAGAGACGGGCAAAAAGACUGAAGAGCUGUUCUCGGACUUCGUGGAGGAGCCCAUAGGUGCGGCCUCUCUGGCACAGGUGCAUAAGGCGCGCCUUAAGGACGGGCGAGUGGUGGCCGUGAAAGUGCAGCACCCGUUCGUCAAACGGCACAGUUAUGUGGACAUGAAGACAAUGGAUGUUUUGGUCAAUUUGGUCGACAAAAUAUUCCCCGAAUUCUCGUUCCUAUGGUUAGCCGAAGAGACCAAACGUAACCUCCCGUUGGAGUUGGACUUCAUUAAUGAAGGCCGUAAUGCCGAACGACUGGCCCGUACUUUCGCCAACUAUUCGUGGCUUAAGAUUCCGUCGAUUGAGUGGAGCCUCACAUCCGAUCGUCUAUUAGUCAUGGAAUACGUGAACGGAUGCGAAGUGACGGACAAGAAGUAUAUGACUGAACAUGGGAUCAGUUGUCGUGAAGUGUCGCACCGGUUGGGACUGAUGUACAGCCAAAUGAUCUUCUUAGAGGGCAAUGUCCACUGCGACCCCCAUCCCGGCAACAUUCUCGUCAACAAGUGCCCCGACAACAGUCCACAGAUCAUUCUUCUGGACCACGGAUUGUAUACCCAAUUGACAGAAAAGUUUCGUCACGACUACUCUCGUAUGUGGUUAGCGGUGAUCAACGCAGACGUGCCUCAGAUGAAGAUAUGGAGCGAAGCGCUAGGCGUCGGUAGUCUCUAUCCACUGUUGGCCUGUAUUAUGACAGCCAAGCCAUGGAAUGCCAUUCAGAGAGGACUCGACAAAGCGGUCGAUAAGGAAACUAAAAAGAAAGAGUCGGGUGAACUGCGUCGGUAUGCCUCCCAAUACUUGUCGCAAAUAUCAGAAGUGUUGGCUAAAGUGGACCGACAGAUGUUAUUAGUGUUUAAAACUAAUGACUUAUUGAGAUCUAUAGACUUCGUGUUGGGAACGGCAGGUGAGCGUCGGUCACUCAUAACGAUGUCGCGCUCAUGCGUUCGUGCCGUCCAUUCGGAACAACUCCGACACUGCGACUACUGGUGGCAGACACUGACCAUUCAUAUGAGGCGGCACUGGAUUGAGACCAAACUGACCGCAUAUUCGCUGUACUUAUGGCUCUCUGUACUCAUCUACAAUUAUUGUAACAUGACUAGCGAUUGGUUUGUCACUCAUAUCACUGACAUCCGGGACAUGAGUGUCACGACUACCACCUCCUCCACAGUCACGUCAUCACAAGAGACGCGCUUCUCAUCGCAAACCAGUGAUGACGGCUAUCAGGUGUCGUCUCAAGACAUCCACACAUUGAAUGGCAUCGCGUCUCAGGAGGCGAGCAGUGCCUCCGACUUCAUCUGGAACCUCACCCCCAGUCAGAUCGACACCACCGCUGUGAGAGAUCACAGCGACUCCAGCCCGAAGAAGCGCCUCUACAUCGACACCGACCUCAGCGGUGACUGCGAUGUCAAACCCAACGCGCAACAGUUGGAGGGCAACGCCAACAGCACCGACGGCUCAGACGUGAAGGGAUUGGCGACGACUGUGGAGAAGCGGAAGAGGGGUCGCAAACGCAAGAUAAGGAGCGCCGAAGAGAUGGAACUGCAUCUGAAGGACAAGAAGGAGAAGAAUAGGUUAGCGGCGCAGAGGCUCAGACAGAGGAAGUGCUCGGAAGCCCAUCGCUAUGACAAAGAGAUU